UCAAGAAUAUCUCCGAACUGUUUUCGUUUCCGUUACUGUCGUUGAAAUCCACCGAUUUGACUACGACGGAAUCCACUGAUUCCGAAGUUCAGAUUGGGAAUUAACAAUGAAGAGAAACUAAUUCCAAACCUAACACUAAGGCUCCGUCGUGGAUUCAAACUCAAUCUCAGCCAGACAUGAACUGUAGCAGGAAAAGAGUGAUGUUUUCAGAUACUGAUGCUGAUUCUCCUAAAAAUUCCAAGGCUCCAAGAUGUGAGUAUACUCUGCAAUUUAGAUUUACUUGUUCUCUGGAGAUGCAUAUGACUGUGUUUUCUUCUUUGAUUUCCAUAAUCUCUUCUGAGGAAGUGAAAACCUCUGAAUUUGCCUUCUUUAAGAAAUUGAAGGAAGAUGCAAGCAAAACAUUUGCUUCUUCUUUAGCACGAAAUGUGCUGAACCAAACCAAUAAUUUCAAUUCAAAGAAUGCUUCUAAAGAAAACAUCAACAUUCCCAAUAAUAGUUGUAAGGAAAAAGUCAAUACCUCGUUGCUUGUUGAAAAUCCUACACCACUUCAGGCUGUCUCAUUUCACUCGCCCUUUGGUAGUACUGGGACACGAAGAAACUCAGAUGUACAUAAGAAGAACGCUUGUUCAACCUUGGAGGAUAUCCUAUGGAAACAGAAAGAUAUGGAAGAAUAUGGUCCCAACUCAAGGUCUGACGGAACUCAGUACAGACAUGCAGAUAUUUUUAACAGGAAAAGAGAGAAACUACUUCGUUGGGUUACAGAUGUCUCGUUUCCUGAAAUUGAUGGGCUCUGUUCGAAGGGGUGUGAUAUUGUUCCUGUGCUCCUCAAGCGGCUGACCCCGGAGUGCAAAGACAUUAAUAUAGUCAAUGAUCAGAAUUUGGGAAGAGAAGAGACUGAUACCAAAUCUCAGUUAGUGCCAUCCUUUGAGUCAGAUAUUUACUCCAACAGACUUCAAUGGACACCUAGGCAUUGUCCGGAACUCGAAUAUGAUCCAUACCUUGGUGAUGAUAUACAACCAAAUCCUUUGUGGAACAGAUCAAGAGGGAGCAUUCUAUUAUUGGAUGCUCCAUUACAUCAUGAUAACGAUGUCCAUCAUUAUAACUAUAUACCAUGGGACUCUGGAUUAGGAGAGUUGCCAAUUGAUCGUGAUUCAAACUUUGUUUUUCCUAUCAGAAAACAAAUAUCUGUUGAAUUCUUAGAAGGAUUCGACAAAUUCAAUCAACCAAAUAGAAAUUUGGUUGGAAACCAAUCAAAUGUGCCUGCAUUGGAUUGGCAUUAUGACAAGGAGAAAUUUGAAAGAACCUUAUCGACUAUUAGUUCCGAUGUAGAGCCAAAUAGUCAUCACUCACCAUUGGUAGCACAGCUUGAUGAUGAUCAUCGUCAUCAAUAUUACUAUAAACCAUGGGAAGCUGGAUUACAUGAAGGAGAAUUACAUGUUGAUCAUGAUUCAAAUUUUGUUCUUCCCGUCACAAAGCACACAUCUGCUGAAAUCUUAGAAGAAUUGGACGAAUUCUGUCAACCAAGUAGAAAUUUGGUUGGAUGCCAAUCAAAUGUGCCUGCAUUGGAUUGGAAUUAUGACAAGGAGAACUUUGAAAGAGCCUUAUCUAUUAUCAGUCCCUCUGAUAUCGAUCCAAAUAGUCGUCAUCGCUCACCAUUGGCAGCAUGGCUUGAAGACGAUGUUCACAUUAAUAAAGGACCUGAAUAUUCAUCGCCAGUGUCCCCUUCAAGUUACUAUCAAAACCAUGAUCCUAGAGCAGAGAUUCUUGAAGAUAUUCAUACAAUACAAGAUUCAAACCACCUUCCCUCGACCAUAUCAUGCAGACCAAACUAUUUCGGUCCACAUAAAGAUUUCUAUAAUGCCACUUGUUUUUCACCCCAACAAGACCACUGGUGUAUGAACAAAUUGUUUGGCCAAAUGCAUCAUUAUCCUCGACAGAGAAAAACUCUUCAAUCUUCUGAACUUGUUCUCAGUUUAGGAUGGAAGUGUUUUCCAGAAGAGAAUCAUUCAUCUUCUAAUCAUCAUGCCCUUGAAUAUCCUGGAGAAAGUAGAAACCAAAUCAGAGAAGCUCCUCACUAUAAUGUGUUUGAUGAGUACGAGAGUUGCCCGAACGAGUCCAGUAGUAGAGGAACACUUGCUCAAUUCAUUUCAGGUAUAUCUUGGCAGCAAUAAAUCAUUACCCCUUGAUACUUGAUAGCUACUUAGAUAGAUAUAUUUGAUAUAUACAAGUGAAACUUAUGUGUUGACAUAUGAUAGUUAAGUCAAAAUUGUUUUUUGAUGAUUCAGUAGAUUUUCAAUAGUUGUUACAUUUUGUCCAUGUUAGAAAUUUAUUGGGUUGAUGGAAUACUUAACCCAUGAUUUCAAAUUAGUGUAAUCUUUACAUUAAAAUAGUGUAAGUUUUGCAACCCAUGUUAAAUAUUACAUGUUCUCUUUGUUUUUA